GCUUUCUUUUUUACCCUAUUUCCCCUAAUCUCUCUCUCUCUGAGAUGAAGAUUGAAAAGGGGAAGAGAUAUGCUGUGCUGUUAGCACUGAGAGACUCCGAUUAUGUGAAGAAAGUAUAUGGAGGGUACUUCAAUGUUUUUGUUAAUGCGUUUGGGGAAGAAGGAGAUGAGUGGGACUCGUUUAGAGUUGUGGAUGGAGAGUUUCCUGACAUGGAGGAGCUUCACCAGUACCAUGGAUUUGUGAUUACUGGGAGCCCUUUUGAUGCUCAUGGAAAUGACCCUUGGGUCUUGAGGCUCUGUUUCCUGAUUCAGACUCUGGAAGCCAUGCAGAAGAAGUUGCUUGGAAUCUGUUUUGGGCACCAAGUAUUGUGCCGAGCUUUGGGUGGAAUGGUAGGGAGAGCUCAUACUGGUUGGGACAUUGGGGUGAGGAAAGUGAAGAUUAAUGUUGGGGAUCUGCCCUCUUCUGUUCUUUUUGCUGAUCUGAAGGACAUCCCACCUUGUCUUUCUGUCAUUGAGUGUCAUCAAGAUGAGGUUUGGGAGGUCCCUGCCGGAGCGGAGGUAAUUGCCUCCUCGGAGAAGACAGGAGUAGAAGCUUUCAGCCUUGGAAACCACAUUUUAGGCAUUCAAGGCCACCCAGAAUACACCAAUGACAUUCUGUACAAUCUCAUUGAUCGUCUCAUCAACAAUAAUUCUAUAGAGAAAGAGUUUGCCGAACAAACGAAAUUAAGACUGGAAACAGCCGAUGAACCAGAUAGGAGAACAUGGGAGAAGAUUUGUAGGGGCUUCCUCAAGAGCAAAUAACUUCAAUCAACUUCCGAUUUAUUUUUAGUUGUAUUUCUGUACGUAGAAGUCCAAGAUCAUGGACUUCUAUAAAUCGAUACGAAUACUGUAAGUGUAACCUGUUCGAAAAUGAUAAGGGAAAUUUGUCUUAUUGGUUUGAAGUCCAAUGCC